AUGAACGCCGCUGGCAAGAACGUCAGAUUCGAGGACAAAGUUCGCGAAGACAUCGAGGGAAGAAACAAGAACAAAGGCAAAGGGAAAGCAAAGGCACCACCGGUGACUAUCGAUGAUGAAAGCAGUGAUGAUGAAGAUUUGCUUGCUGGAGAAGAUGGUGAUCCACAUUACGAGAUGCUGAAGAACAUGCUCGAAAGUUUCCAGGGACAAGGCGGUAUGGCUGGUCCAGCUGGCAACCUCAUGGGACUUAUGGGCAUGGGCAAGUUACCACGGGAGUGA